CCUAUUCGCAUUUUAGGAGCGCCACCUACAAUGGCGACAGUGCAGACGUGUAGAAAAACGCUGAUGAUGAAAAAAGUGCAUGUGAAUCUCAAUAGCGGCAUGGAGGAUGGUGUGUGUAGCGGCAUGGAGGAUGGUGUGUGUGGUGGACUAAUUAAGUGACUUUUUCAAGCUGCAAUCGUCGUGUCUUUACUACUUUUAGUGCACUGCAGUGGUGAGCCUAUCCCGGGCAUAACACCCGUCAAGCAUACUGCACCUGGUAAAGGGGGAUUAUCGAUAUGUGUAUUCUAUGGGAUGUACUGUGUCUUUUUCUAUGCGGAAGAUAUUUUUUGCUGAAGCAUGUUUACUAGGAUUAUGAUAUAUUUACCUCCAAAGAGGAUCGGAAAAUGGACUAGACAAUAAAGAAGUUUCAACAAAAUCUGUAAACGCCCUACCGUGUUGCUGGAUUUUCUGCUUCAUCGAUCACUUGAUUGUCUGGUUUUUUUACAAGCCGCCGUCGCAUGACAGGCGUACUGCUGUGCGGAGUCAGGCAAGAAAUACUUCCUUUUUUAUGCCAAUGAUGUGAAUGGCGGGGUGGUUACCCUUUUUGCGAACACCUGGUGUCAUCGCUGAUUUUUAGUGAUACAUUCCUAUAAUUUCCACAGCUAUUUUGCACCAAAUUGAAUCUGUUUCGAUGGAUAAUCUGGACUGGGUACUCUCUUGAAUUGGUAAUUUACAUUUAAAAGAAAUCGAAAGCAUUUAAAAAAAUGAUUUUUGAUUUAUAAUUAGUCUUUUUACCUUAUGUCAAUCCUAUCAUGACUAUAGGCAGUCUCCUGGUGCCCCAGGCUCAUCACGCCAGCUGUGAUGAAGUCGAAUGAAUCUGUGAUGAAGUCCAACGGUAACGGACUACGCACCAUGCAAUAAACUAACUCAGACCUUUGGGUGUUGUAACGAAAGGCUUCCGACGAUUGACACCAGACUAACUAUUACAGAUUUGGGAAGGACUUACAUAAACAACUAAACGAACGAGCAUUAUAAUUCUCAGUGGAAAAUUGGUCUCCUGUAGCAUGUCGUACAAGGCGACUAACUGAUCGGGUAUUCAGGCUUGUUGUUUAACGCCGAAGUCAGCGGCGGCCUCUAAAUAAUCAAAUCUGAACCAGACAAUCCAGUGAUUGAUCUUAUGAGCCACUGUCCUCGCCCUCGCCAAUUCUAUCCCGGAUUCCCUACAGUGCUACCAACAUAGAUUGCUGGGGACCAAUUCUUUGUUUGUUAUUCAAAUUUCUCUUUUGAAUACAGCACAUUCCAACCACGGUGUAAACCAGCACAUGUAAUACCAUUGUCCAAAAAGGGAAAUAAAUCCCAAACUUCCAAAUACAGGCCUAUUUACUGUUAUCAUGAAAUUUAUUCGAACGACAUAUUUUUAAAAGAAUGCAUGGAGAAUACACUACUUUCGAAAUAUCUAUCAGGAUUCAUGCCAAAUAAUUGUACUACAUAUUAACUGAUCGAAACUUACAAUCAUAUUUGCAAAAAUAAUUGUAUGAUAUUCUGUGAAUUUUUCUAAGGCAUUUGACAAGGUAUGGCAUACAGGUAUAUUGCAUAAGCUUCAACAAUAUGGUUAUACUCGUAAAUUAUUAACCAAACAAACACUGAGGUCUCACAGGAGUAUAAACUUAGGUUUACUUGUGAGACCCAAAUGUUGCAUUUUUUAUGCAAAAUGGCCCUUCAUUUACUCAAUUUUUCAGUGCUCUACUUCUACAAGUUUUAAUAAUAAAACUCUGAGAUAUUGUAUCUUCUAUAUCCUUCAUAUUUUGAAAAGACAAAUUAUCUUAAUUUCACACAAACCAAUCAACAGCACACCUGUCGGUGCUCUUGCAUGGAUACUGAUAUUUCCUGUUUUAGGAAAUAACUUAUUUGAGGGCGCACAGUGCAUCGCCAGAUUUGUAUUAUAACAAAUGUUAUUCAACUCACCUAAGAAAGGGAAAAUUCCACAUUGUGAAUCAAUCAUUCAGUGUCUACUUUAGUUGGUUAUUUCAUGGAUGUCACGAACAGAUUUGUAUCCACUAGCUGUAGUCUUGUACAAAAUAUACCUCUGUUUGGCGCAGACAUUCACUGAGUCCAAUAUUAAACCAAUUCAUCCUCUUUCUUCUCAUUAUUGUUGCAGAUGUUGGGCAAGGUCCUGGUCGUGUUUCAGUGAACUUGCACAAUAAAGAAAUAUCCAUAUUUCACCUUAAUGUAUGAAGUCAACGAUAAAAACUACCUGUACCUCAUAUUUCCCCGCAUAUCUCUGAAUAUGAUUUAUUAUGUUUUACAGAGACACCCCUCAUAAUUCUUCUGUAUGCACAAAUGAUCUGAAAUGAGACCUUUAUCGUUAUCAUUAUAGGAAAGAUAGGAAUUGUGUUGGUGGGGGUAUCAUAUUCUAUAUUUCUCGUCAUUGUCGUAUGCUAAACGAAAAUUUAGAAUCAUACAGUUAUGAAAAUAUGUUCCGAGGUAUGUGCACCGUAUACACCAGCAAACAUCCAUGUGUCAUAUUGGGAUCAACUUGAACAUAGGUUGUUCUUCUCGGUGACUUUAACAAAGAUUUGCUUAUCAGCAAUCUUUAUCAUUCCACAAUAUUUAGUAAAGAAGUGUUUACGUAGCGUAACUAAAGAGCCGACUUGCGUAGCUCGACAUUCCUUUUUCUUUUGGACGCUUAACGAACGGCAUUGACAUGAAAAAAAACAUGCAGCGAACGCGAUUUAUAUGAACAUAGAAAACAAAAUAAGGUAAAUAAUUAAAUGCAAUCUGCCAAGGAAUUAUCUUAUCUAAACUUACAUGAAUUAUUAUCAUCACAAAUGAAAGAAAACAGUUCUAAUUAAUGGAAAAUACUGCGUCACUUCAUUAAAGAUUCUGGACCCAGCAACGUUAUACCACCUCUGAUCAAUAAUAACAACACAGUAACUGAUUUAUUUUCAGAUUUUCAAAUAUCCAUAUCCAACCUCUAUGUUUGUUAUUCAUUUCAUCUCUUGAGAAAGCAUAGGCUCAUCAUUGCCAUUGUACAAAUACCACCCUUCAAACUACAGCCAUUUUUCACUGUUAUUUUGUCUCUUCAAAAUAUUUGAACGAGACAUUUUUAAGAAAUUCAAUGUAUAAUUUCUUUCUGGAAAAUAUAGUCUGGUCAUUCUGUAAUUUAACCUCAAGAAAAUUGCAACAGAAUAUUUUACGACUGUUUCCUUUUAAUUGAAUGUAUUUGAGUUUGUAUUAAAGAGUCUAUAAAUAUGAUGUGGUCAUUGUUUCUUUCAAAUGGGGUGAGUAAUAAAAUGGGUAAACUAUUAUGCAAUAUUUAUCAAAAUGUAAAGUCAUGUGUAAAAAUCGGGGAAUAUACUCUGAUGUCUUCACAUGUAACAUUGGUGUACGCCAAGGCUGUAUUCUUAGCCCAUUCCUGUUCUGUUUUUUCAUCAAUGAACUAGCUGCACAAAUUAAGGAAAAUUGUACGGAUGGUAUACAGCUGCAUCCAGAUAUUGUGAAGAUUUUUCUGUUGCUUUUUGCUGAUGAUAUAGUCCUGUUCUCUAGUACGAUAAAAGGUUUACAGAAUUUGAUAGAUCAACUGGAGCUGUACUGUUCUAAUUUUAAACUCCAAGUGAACACUGAGAAAACGAAAGUGUUAGUUUUCAAAAAGGGAAAUAAACUAUCAAGUAGGGAAAAAUGGUUCUUCAACUCACAACCGUUAAAAAUUGUCACUUCUUAUAAAUAUCUGGGAGUAACCUUCACAGGCAGAUUAACGUGGAAUUACCACACCAGUAAUGCAGCAAUGCAGGCAAAAAAGAUACUAAUGGGAAUCUUACAUAGUUUGAAAACCUUCACUGAUCUCUCAUAUCAAACCUUUUUUAAAAUAUUUGAUACAAAAAUUACUCCAAUUCUUUUAUAUGGAGCAGAGGUCUGGGGGCAUACUGAAUACAGAACUAUUGAACUGGUCCAUCUAUAUGCUUGUAAACGAUUCCUUGGCGUAAAAAACUCUACAUCGAGUGUUAUGGUAUAUGGUGAAUGUGGACGUGUACCACUUUACAUAUUUCAACAUAUUAGAAUUCUCAAGUAUUGGUUCAAGAUUCUUAAAAUGCUUAUUGGUAGAUUACCUAGAAAAUGUUACAAUAUGAUGUUAUUGUAUGAAAAACAUGGAAGCCGCAAUUGGGUAUAUGACGUAAAGUCGUUAUUAAAUGAUUGCGGCUAUGGGUAUGUUUGGCGUAAUCAAUGUGUACCUAACAAUCCCGAUUCAUUUUUAGUAUCUUUACGCCAAAGACUUAAGGAUAUAUACUUACAAAAAUGGGCAUCGCAUGUUUUAAGUGCAGAAAAAUGCAAUUAUUACAAGCUUUUCAAGACAACAAUUUCCCCAGAAUACUAUUUGUUUGACAUCAACUUUAAAAGGUUUAGAAUAAGUUUAGCACAAUUUAGAUGCAGCUCUCAUAGACUUAGGAUCGAAGUAGGCAGGCAUAGAAACAUAGACAGAGAAUUGAGAAUAUGUGAGCAAUGUGAUUUAAAUGUGAUUGAAGAUGAGUUUCAUUUUCUGUUAGUUUGUACAAAAUACGACCACCUUAGAAGAAAAUAGAUUGAUCUGCCUGGUUAUGUACAUCCCACUAUACAAAGAUUUACAACGAUCAUGUCAACAACUGAUAAAGAUACUCUAAAAAAUCUAUCAAUGUUCAUUUAUCAUGCUAUGUUAAUUAGAAUAUGACCUGUUAAACGGAUCUGUAACCACUCCCGAAAACAGAAUUGUACUAUGGGCCUGAGGCCUUUCAGUAUGGAUUAAAACUUAUCCUAUUAAAGAGUCUACCAAAAUCAACCUUGGGAAAAAUGGUUAAUUCCCGCAUCAAAAAAGAUAAAAACCAACGAGGAGAAUAUGGCAUCUACGGGCCGCCGUACAUCAAGAAGAGCUCGCAAAGGGAGAUAAUUCGUAGUGAUCCUGCUAGUGCCUUGGAAAAUAUUCAGAAAAAAACAACGAUAACGGAGCCGUAUUAUUUCAUGAAUUACGGCUACCAUUCUGGAACGGCAUGAUCUCAGACAACAGCGCCAGUGGAUUCUGUCUCCGUUUCUUGACUUGAAACUAAAUUUGUAGCAGGAGUAGACCAAAUACUGUCCCCAAAAAUUGUUUAGAAUACAGCGAGGCACUUGUGUGUUUAUUCGCCGAAGGCCCGGGUUCGAUUCCCCACAUGGGUGCAAUGCGUGAAGCCCAUUUCUGGUGUCCCUCGGGGCAAUCUUAUUAAAAUAAAAUCUUUAUACUCGCUACCG